AUGUUUAAAAAGGCGAGAUUUAUUUUUUGUUUUUACCGUCGGACUUUGAUUGCCAAAGUUUAUGGGAAUGGUGAUGAUGUGAUUUGUCAAGCAUAUAGCAGUCUUAAAGUGGGAGUACCAUCUUCAGCAAUAUUGAAUGUACAAAGCGAACAACUUGCUGUUGGCCGUGAGACACCAAUUUAUCCUUUAUUUUCUGAGGGAGAUCUAUUUUCUUUCUAUGGGCUAUGCAAAGAUUAUGAGUGGACUAUAGAAAAUGAAGAGGUGUUAACGUUUGGGGUCCCGCUGGUUGGUUCAGAGGCAGUUCAGCGCUUUAAUUAUGUGGAUAAGGAAAAACUUAGUUUUAUCAAUGUCCUCUAUGGACGGUACACUUCUAUUAAUGAAAAUUACCGUCAUCUUUCUUUUAUGGAAACCCAUCAUCAUCAUGUUAUUUAUUUACUGCUUCAUGUAACCAACAAAUUAUGACUGUGCACUUGAAAC